UGUCAUCUGGGCGUCAUCACUUAUAACAAAAUUGCUGUUGUAUAAAACGUUGUAACCAAUUUUUUACCUUUACAACCUUUUUAUUAUUGCAAACUAAGGCUAAGUUUAUAUGUAGAUAUAGAUUGUUUUUUAGGAUUUUCUCCUCAACAAACACCAACAAAUGCCCAAUAAAACAAUAAUGUGGUGAGUUUUUCAAUACAUAAAGUACUUCAGUCAUCGAAGGGAAAACUGUGCUAUUGUCAAGAAGAAAAAAUAUGUUCAGGAUAGAAGAACAAGAAAUUUAUAAAGUAAUUGGUUUAUUGUUUUCAUUUGAGUAAAGAUGUCCAAAUGUAUUUUUACAUUGUGGCAAAAUAUAAAAGACCUCUAACAUAUAUUGAAGAGCCACGACAUCUCCCCACAUCAGUAAUCAUCAACCACUACAAAGAGAAAUCACCCACCAUAGUCAAAAUAAAAAAAAAAUUUAGAACAUUGCAACGAAACUCUCCCAAAUACGAAAUUUCGACACGACGAUUCAAUAUUUGUAGAUGGUAUAAACGUCGCAGGGCAUUAAGAGAUUACAAAAAGGAAGAAAAAAGGAAAAUACAGAAGAAUAUUGAAAUAGCCAGAAGAGAGAGGGAGAUAGAGUUUUUGGAACAGUUAAAAAAGCAGCAGAAGCUACUAGAGAAGUACGCGCCGUCGUCGACCACAAUUGUGAAGACGAAAUCCGAAAAAGUGUUCAAAAAAGGAAAAGCAAUCAGUGCUAAACCAAAAGUAGAAUCCCGCUAUGUGACGGUCAAAAGAUACAAAAGCACCGACUCACAUGGCACCCGGUGCAUGAACUGCUGCUACCGGGUCUGUUGUCAAUUCUACUGCUGUUUAUCUUGCCUACUAAUUAUCACAUUCGCAUUAAUUUUACUUACAUGAGAAACCUUAAUUUUUUUUCUAAAAAAUAAUCUUUUUUGAACUAGUGUGACAUU